CGAUCACAACUCACAGUGAAGACCAAUGGUCUCAAGUUUAUUACACUUAAGACGUGUCCGAGACUAUCGCCCAAUAAGACAAAUAGUGGUAAUAAUGAUGUGAUCCGUGAGUUGACUACCAGAAGGAGAGACGCCUCUUAUCUGAACACUAAUUAUUUGAGACAAAUAAUGAAGACUAAUGAAGAGUUGCUCUCAUAUCUGGUGUAUGACAAACACUUCGAUGUCUUGGAUCUUAAGCUUAGGUUUUAUAUUAUCUCACAAUUAGAGCAAUAUAUCUGCCAUACAUUCUUCAAGAACCACCAAAUACUGCCAUUUGGAUCGUCCAUCGCUGGUCUGGGAACUCCUAACAGUGACUUAGACUUAGUACUGGUUCCCAAUAAGUUAUCCGAAGACCAGUUGUCCAAAGAGGGUGAUCGACAGCGGUUGACAACAAACCUCAAUCUAAUCGCAGAUCUAUUGCAACAUUCAGUCCCAUAUUAUUCCCAUUUCUCGCGUAUACUAAAGGCUCGGAUUCCGAUCAUUAAGUUUGGCUUUGAAUUAGCGCCUAUUGACAUAGACCUCUCCAUCGAGAUAUCACCACAUUCUGUCCACUCCGGGGUCUAUAUGUCUGCAUAUCUUAAUCAUUGUAUUCUUCUGCAUCCAUGUGUCAGAGAUUUGAUACUUUUGUUAAGAGUUUGGGCCAAACAGCACAAGCUAUUAAAGCCGAAGAACUGGUCCACACAUAUAGUAUACAACGGGUUCACAUCGUUUCAAUUGACAGCUUUAGUCAUAUACUUCCUUCAGAAGCAAGAGAUUGUGCCACCGAUGAGACAAUUCCUGAGCCAUACAUCUGAUCGCUUCAUCCUAAGCCGUCGAGACGUGUCGACUCUGGAACUAUUGUCCGAAUUCUUGGAGUUUGUGCUGUCGUUG